AUGUAUAUAAUCCAGGGCAUACGUUGGCGUAUUGGUUGGCUCCCUGAUAGUCGAUAUAAAGCCUGCCUUCGACACCUUGGCCAACCCUUCACAAAAGCUCAUGCUAUUUACUGUCUCCAGAUACACCGUAGACUUAUAAUGCCCCAAACCAUUUCUGACCCACUGUCCUUCCUUUUAAAUAUGUUACCUACCAAGAAACUUCGCGCUCCUAACACAACACACUCAUGGACCAUUCGCUGGCCAACCAUAUGCAGAAACCUAUAUGAACUCGAUUACCUAUAUCGCGCUAAGCUUCCGCCUACCCCACCCACUCAUCUCGAGCAAAGGCUCUUAGAAUGGCUUCCCCCUUCUCCUUCUCACUAG